AUGGGCAAGAAGGGCGGCGGAAAGGCGGCGAAGGCAGCGGCAUACGACACCAGCCCAGAAGCGCUCGCAGCGUUCGGGCUGCGGCACAACGAGCUCGUGAGGACGCCCCUUGGGCUCAGCGGCACGGUGCUCGGAGUCAGGUAUGAGGACCCCUCGGACAAGGACAGCGGCCGCGUCUGGGUGCGGUACGAUGCGGGACAUGAGGCCCCAUUGGAGCCCAGGCAGACGGCAGGCAGCCUCAGCGCGCUCGGGUACCGCCACUGCUUCGAGGCGGACGCGAUCCGCGCCGCGGUGGCCGCGCAGGAGGCGGACGCCGCGCGUCAGGAGGAGCAGCGGCAGCUGGCCGACGAGGUCCGGAGGCUGCUGGCGGCGGGGGAGCCAAUCCCGGAGCACCUGCUGCCAGCUGAGCUCAAGGAGCCGGCGGCGUCAAAGAAAGGGGGCAAAAAGGAGCCGGACAAGAAGGGGAAGAAGUGA